AGUGAAAAGUAAAGUAAAACAGGAGAAAGAGAGAGUUCGUAAAAAAGAGCAGAUUUGGACUACCAUUCUGGAAUCGGUCGCCGGAGUUGGACACCCGGUCGAGGCCUGAACCAUCGGAGGUGGUUGGACAGGGCAAUCAUGGUGAGCGAUAGGAUCCCUCCUCUUAUAUCCACUCAGCUCACUCACCUCCUUGCUCACUGCCCCUUCUCCAUCAAGGUGGAGCAGAUGUGGUCUGGAUGCAUGAACUCUAGCCUCCUCGAUCACUUUACCUUAGUCAUCCCUUUUUGCCUUGAAUACGUCAGAUGGGAUAUAAUAUAUAAUGCGAUUUAUCCGCUGGCCAAGCCCGAUGUGAUUUUCGGACCUGAAGAUGAGCAUUUUUGGCCAUAUCGUGGUACCAUUGAUUCCAAAAAUGCUCUCACUGAUUGGAAUAGUAAAGACCCCACUCGACUUUUGACUCUCGUUCUGGAGCUUAGGGAUUUAUAUAGGGAUUACCAAAAGAAACGCGUUGCAGAGGUCGAUGAUGAAAGAUUGAAGUUUGAAAUCAACACAAUGUUAUCAAGAGAGGGAAUUGAAAUGUUGAUGAGUUCUGGUCUUGACAAGCCUGAAGAGGUUAAAUUUGCUGUACCUUUAUUGGACAUGGAUUUAAAUAAAAUGGUUUUGGGAUCCACCUGGCGACAUCAGCAGAAGAUAUACUUGCAGGUUAUCUAUCCUGUAGGUAGAAAAUAUUCAACCACACCAUCAGCACCGAGACUGAAGUUAGUUUCUUCUCCAGAGCUGAAAUCUUGGUUUUCUGUUGAAGAGUCGAGGCUGCCUGCAUGGUUGGAUGGGAUGUGCAUGGCUGAAUAUCUGCCCACUUUAGAAGAGAUGCUUGAAAAUCAGAUUAGAGAGGCCGUAGCUUUAGUUGAAGUUAGAAGAAAGUUUAUUACUGCAUUAGCUCCUCAUUUUGGACGGCCCAUUGAAGCUGACCCAGUGUUUUGCAGGAAGGUGUCAUUUCUAGCUUCCUCUGGGACAUUUGCUUUUCUGGUUCACAUUUCCAUCCCACUUCAGUUCCCAAAGCAACAACCAGUUUUGGUGCUUCAAAGCUCUCAGCAUUUUAACUCUCAUAAUGUGCCCAUAAAAUCACCUAUCAUGAACGAUUACCCAUGGAGUCCGAGGUGGGAAACGCCUGAAAUGGCUGAGCGGAUAUUUGACUUUCUGGUGGAAGAAUCUCUGAACUUCAAGAGGUAUUGCAAUGAAACCAUGCUUCAACAGCGUUAGUGCCAUUUCUUCAAGCACUCUUGACUAGGAUUCUGUAAAAUCUGUCUUAGCCUUUUUUCCGCUUUGGUUUAUGCUUUCCUGGGGUGGUACAUUUCAUUUUGUCAUCUCUCAAUGUAGUUAUUGAUCGUUGCAGCUCCAUGAUUUGUAUAUAAAGCGGGAGAGAGCGAGGGAGGAGAGAAAUGGGGUUAGUGCGGAUUGAAUUGAUGCAUUUGGUAUAGUAUUUAUAGAAUUCGUCUCUCCUCAUUUGUAUCAA